AUGUCGCAACCAAUCCAUUUUGUGCAUGAGACAAAGCCAGGAUCUUCAUUGGAUUCAAGUCAAGUACGUGCUCUCCGAUCACACGUUCGGAAAGUCAACCUUGAAAGAUCGAACCAGAAGAGCACUCGGCGACUGGAGAAUUUUCGUUCCUUGACGAUCACCGAUUUCUCAGAGGGAGGCAAAGUGAAAAGCGGCAAGCGAAAACAGCCCCCCAACGUGGAUGCCUGUCACAGUCUUGAACCGGAAAUUGAAAACCUUCCACCGCGAGAAGGUCCCUCACCACAGUGCCCCCUGAAUCUCGGUGGUGCUGAUACUCCCACAACUGCCUUUCAGUUCCUUUCGUCAACGGCUGGUGAUGGUCCUCCAAGACAGUGUACCUGUGCCAGCAUUCGCGCGAAGCCACUCAAUCCAAAAUUGCCGAGCCCGGGUCAUCUCCCGGCUGCUAGGGCAUCGCCCUCCAAUGAUGAAUGCCAUCCAUACGCCUCGCAAAUUUCCAAAGCUAUCGAUCUUGACGAAACACGAAUCGACUAUCUUCUCAGGAGCUGUGCCUUUCAAGUGGCGGCUGAGCCACUGCUCGUUUCAGGUCCCGUUAACGGAGACUUGACGGCGCUCUCCCUAUUUCCAGAGUGCUUGACUAACUCAGCGUUUCUCUACGCCCUUCUCUACUCCAUCCUUCAUAUUCACAAUUCCUGCAACACAACAAACGAGUCACUCCUGCUCAAGACAAAGGCCAUCGAAUGCUUGAGAGAAGACUUGCAGAAGGACGAUCCCAAUAUUCGAGCCCUGUCGAUUGGAACGAUACUGCUUCUUUCCUGUGUCGCGCAUCAUUGCGGUGACCUGGCUGAAUCUUCAGCACACUCCGAGGGUCUCUACAAGCUUCUCGAACAUUGCCAUGCAGAUGGCACGCAGCUACGGUCUGAGGUGUUGCACGCAGUCUUCUGGCAGCACCUUCUAGGCACCGCGCUCGUGUGCAAUCAACAUCACUUCCAGCAACCAGACUUUCGAGGUCUUCUCGGCCGGUCUGAAGAGUUCCCUACCGGCUCACUACCUGCCCUGCCACUUGGAUUCGUUCUACAUGAAGAAGUCAUCAGCGGCGUUGUCCAACUAUGUAUUCGCAACCUCCUUUACCUCCAAGAGCUCAUCGCGGCGGGUACUGCCGAUCACCAGAAAAUUGAAGGCCUACAAAUAUCUAUCCAAUCUCGACUUGUCUUCCACGAGGAAGGUUGCAAGAAAGUUGGCCUGAUAGCAGAAUGCUGCCGGUUGGCAGUAUACAUUGUCUGUUACAUGACAAACACCCCGACGUGGACUAGCGCCUUUGUCCCUCUGAGACUGGCAGAGAAGCUCCUCUCACACCUUGACAAGAGUUUGGGUACAGAAUUGUGGCGCUACCGACGCGAUUUAUUUCUGUGGCUGCUACUGGUCGGCAUGUCUGUGAGCAAAGGUCGAAACUGUUUUGCGACCGAGCUUGCCUCUCGCUAUCAAGAAUUCAUUGACAAAGCAAUCGAAGACGUCCAAAGAUGGGAUGAAUUCAAGGACGGGCCCAAAGCCCUACACAAUGUUGUCAAACAGUUCAUCUACGUCCAAGACUGGGUUGCAAAACGACACCUGAUCUCCCGUUGGACGGAUCUUGAGAUGGGCGUGUUUCUGUGUGGCUCCGACGAUGUUGACAUUGAGAUGGGAAACGAAGAGACCACUGCACUUUUGCAAGAACUGGUCCCAGAUACUAACCUUUUCGAGUGA